UGCGUCUCAUUAAAAAGCUGUGAAAGAGGAACAAUGGCGUCUGUCCGUCUGAAGAGAAGGCGCCAAACUCAAACCGCGAAAAAAUGUCAACGAGCGGAGUGGAAACGGUUCAGAGCCCGCUGCUGUCCUCCAGUUUCUGUUUCAGCCCGUGGUCGUGUGUGUGUGUGAAGGGAUGGUCGGCUGCUGUGUGGAACGGCCUCAGUGACCCGCUGCUGGCCGCGGCUUCCUCAGGAUGCUCCGCCCCCGAGCCGUGGCUCCUCCCAGGAUGCAGCUCGGUGUACGACAGCCUGGUCAGUAACGCCUCUCCGAUCCCGUCUCCUCCUCCUGCCAGCGGCCUGCGAGGACGAGAGAGAGCAGUCAGCAACAAACCCCGCAGGCCAUCCAUCCUGGAGCGGUGUAUCCUCAAAGUGUCAACCAGCAGCGUGGCUGUGGGGACAGACGAUCUGGACAAUAAGAGGCCACCCCCUGGUCGCUGCUACCCCCGCCUCCCUGACCCGGCCAACACAGAGACCAACGCAGCCGUUUUGAAGAGGCGACAGAAACAGAUCCAAUACGGCAAAAACACCAGCGGCUACCAAAACUACCUGCAGCAAGUGCCCAGACACCUGAGGGACCCUAAGCUCCACCCAUCGACCCCCAACAAGUACAGGAAGUACAGCCGGCGCUCCUGGGACAUGCAGGUGCGUCUGUGGAGGCGGGCGCUGCACCUUUGGGACCCUCCGACCGAGACCCAGCUGGACGCUGUAGAGACACAGGACCCCGUGGAGCAACUGCAGAGCCAGCUGGCAAGGAUGACCUCUGAUCUUUGUGAGGACGAAGGAGUCAAGCAGAGAGAGAAGGAGACUCAUGCAGCCUCCAAAGCCUCCUCUGUCUCUCCUCGGUCAGCAGUGGAGCUGUCUGGACCCUGGAUUAGCCCACUCUCACCGGAGGCGGACGGCAGCCUCAGACCUAUGCGCUCCCCUCCAGGACUGGGCUUCCCCUUCAGGAGUCAGCUGACAGACAAUGACAACAUGAACGACUGGCUCCACCUCUUGCUGGAGCCCGACGAAGUUGCAGAUUUCAGCUCUGAUGACCAGCAGGUUCCUGUGUUUUCUGACCAGCUCCUGUGGACCCCGUACUGACCUCCGCCUCUGAAACAAACCCGGUUCAAUCUGUAAACAUCUCUAACUUCUGGAUGUGGCGUUGUCGGUGUCUGUGUGUCUCCUGUGCGUUUGUCUUUUUAAGAAAGUUGACGGUUUAUCUAAAGACGGCAGGAUGUGAUCGGUCUCUGAUCGAGAACAUUGACCCCUCCAUGAUCUAUGCACAGAGGAGGACUGAUGGGACAUUAACUCAGCCCCUGGAGGUGUUGAAAUUUCCCAACUGAUCCUGAACACAUCGUCAGGUGUGGCAGCUGAGCAUGGUACUUUAGUUUGCACUUGGUAUUUUCUGUUAACCGUCGUACGAUGGAGCACUUCUCACCUGUUUUAUUUUGAUGCACUGAAGGAAAAGCUGCUUUAUGUUUGUGAACUCACCGAUUUGUGUAAAUUUAAUUGGUUGUCACGUUUUGGCCUCUUCUGUCAUCUACUCACCUUCACCUUCAUACUCUGCUGUCCACCUGUCCGUGAGACUCCUCCUCCUGAGCCGCCAUGUUUUUUCUCAAAAACUAAACCCUGAUGAUGGAGACACGGCUGUCGCUUUGUGUUUUUCUUUUACUUUUUGUGUUCCUCUAUUUGUAUUUGUGCUGCUUGUAUGGAGAGCAAAGCUGAAAGAUGUGACUAAUAAAGAUGUAAAUAAAGUGUUAAAAAUUCA